AUGCCCCUCCUCCAGGCAGCCCAGCCUGCCUGCCCCUUGAGGAGGGACAAUCUGACCUGGGUGAAUGACUUUGUUCUCCUGGGCCUCUCCAGGGACCGGCGAGUCCAGGUGGGACUCUUCCUCCUCUUUGGGGCUGCCUACCUGCUGACCCUGCUGGGCAACGGGCUCAUGGUCCUCCUGACCGGGAUGGACUCGAGGCUCCACCUGCCCAUGUACUUCUUCCUGGGCCACCUCUCCGUGGUGGACAUCUGCUACACCUCCAGCGGGGUCCCCCAGAUGCUGGUGCACUUGCUCCAGGAGAGGAAGACCAUUUCCUUUGCCCGGUGUGGGACCCAACUGUUUUUCUCCCUGGCCCUCGGGGGCACCGAGUUCCUGUUGCUGGCCGCCAUGGCCUAUGACCGCUAUGUGGCCGUCUGUGACCCCCUGCGCUACGCGGCCGCGAUGAGCCCGCGGCUGUGCGUGCUGCUGGCGGCCGUGUGCUGGCUGGUGGGCCUGGCAAACUCCUCCGUGGAGACGGCCAUCACCAUGCGCCUGCCCACCUGCGGUCGCAACGUGCUCAACCACGUGGCCUGCGAGACGCUGGCACUGGUGCGGCUGGCCUGUGUGGACAUCACCCUCAACCAGGUGGUCAUCGUGGCCUCCAGCUUCGUGGUGCUGCUGGUGCCCUGCUGCCUGGUGUCGCUGUCCUACGCCCAAAUCGCCGCCGCCAUCCUGCGCAUCCGCUCCAGCCAGGGCCGCCGCAAGGCCUUCGGGACCUGCGCCUCCCACCUGGCGGUGGUCUCCAUGUCCUACGGCAUGGCCCUCUUCACCUACCUGCAGCCCCGCUCGGCCGCGUCGGCGGAGCAGGACAAGGUGGUGGUGCUCUUCUACGCCGUGGUGACGCCCAUGCUGAACCCGCUCAUCUACAGCCUGCGCAACAAGGACAUGAAGGCCGCGCUGCGCCGCCUGCUCCGCGGACGCACCCGCACGCCGCAGCACUAG